AUGUAUACAUUAUCAAUUGCAGCUCUAGGUCUUUUCCUAGAGCUGGGUAAAGCAGGAUCGUAUGCAGUGCAGAAAUCUGUCUCCGCAACAGUUGGGGAAGUUGCGUCUAUGAAAAAAAUGAGAUCUGGUGACUUGCUUAUCGAGGUCAGUACUCGAAAGCAAGCCCAGAAUAUUCAAAAAGUGAAAGCUCUCGCCACGAUCCCUGUUACUAUCAGCCCUCACACAUCAUUAAACACGUCUCAAGGCGUCAUUACUUGCGGGGAAAUAUUUAACCUCCCUUUAGAUUAUAUUCAAGACGAGUUAAAAUCACAAGGUGUUAUAAAAGUUCGCCGCAUUACCAUCCGGCGAGAAGGACAAAUACUCGAAACCAAACAUCACAUCCUCACUUUUAAGUCACCAAAACUGCCAGACUUCAUAUAUGCAGGUUACAUCAAGCUACCUGUCCGGCCUUAUAUCCCAAACCCACUUAGAUGUUUCAAAUGCCAGCGUUUCGGGCACUCGAAAGCUAAUUGCCGCGGAACUGUUACUUGCGCUCGUUGCUCUGAAAAAGGGCAUGAAAGCGAACAAUGCUCGGCUCCAGAGAAAUGCGUAAACUGCAAGGGCGAGCAUACUUCUUUCUCCCGGUUAUGUCCACGCUGGAAACUGGAAAAACAAAUCACCACUACCAAAUUUAAAGAGGAAAUUUCAUACCCCGAAGCAAGAAAGAAAGUACUUGCACAGACACCGUUACCCGGUGUAAGCUAUGCAUCCGUGGUCCAGAAAAGCUUUUGUGAAAACUGCAGUUGUGGAAACUGCACUAAGAAGGCGAAGCAAAUAAAAUCUCAAAAAUCGUCGGAUUCUGACACAGAAGAAUCCAUAAACAAUAUUUCUGACUCUGGAAAGCCAGAUAAGAAGCAAAGGAAAUCGAAAUCUGACAAAUCCCUAAAAUUAAAACUUGCAAAGCGAGGACUGUCAAAGUCAGACCUAUCUUUGAAACUAAAGAAAACUGUUUCUAAAAACUCUGUAGCUUUGGGACUUGCUAGUCAAGGGAUAGCUCAUAGAGAUUUAACAUCCAUUUUUGGAGGCAUGCAAAACUGUCCUGAUCUCAAACUUCAUCCUUCUGAGGAUGAGGAUGAAUUUAGGAUGAAUUGCGAUAUAUCAGCAACACAAACCACUGCCAAUAUUUCCCCUUCUGCAACAAGAAUUUCUUAA